AUAUAAACUAUAAACAAGUAUAUUAUACAUAUGUGUAUUCAGAUUUCUUAAUUUAAGCAAAAUAAUGGGGUUUUUUUGGCUAUAAAUAUAGAGGGUUGAAGUUUGAGAGAGAGAGAGAUAUAUCAGAGAAAUUUAAUUAGAAAGAGGAGAGAGAGAGAGAGAGGGAGAGAGAGAUGGAGGUAAUUGUGUUGAGAGUCUUGUAUUCUUUAUGUGGUAUAGGGGUAUUGGGAUUCUUAGUUCAUAUCUAUAAUAGUGUUUGGUUCAAAUCUGAAAGAGUUCGAAGGAAGCUCCGAAUGCAAGGUAUUAAAGGUCCAACGCCGUCGUUUUUGUAUGGGAAUCUGCCAGAGAUGCAGAAAAUCCAGCUUCAAGCCUUGAAAGCUCCUCUUCAUGACUAUUGCUCUGAGUUCGUAGCACACGAUUACACCUCCACCCUCUUCCCAUACUUGGAACAGUGGAGAAAAGAAUACGGUUUAUUAUAUACAUAUUCAACUGGAAUGAGGCAACACUUGUAUAUCAACCAGCCAGAGCUAGUGAAGGAAUUGAAUCAAAGUCUUACAUUGGAAUUGGGUAAGCCUACUUACGUAACCAAGAGGCUUGCGCCCAUGCUUGGCAACGGCAUUUUGAGAUCUAAUGGCCUUUUAUGGGCGCAACAGAGGAAGAUUGUUGCACCCGAGUUCUACAUGGACAAAGUCAAGGAAAUGGUGGGUCUAAUGCUGGAGUCAGCAGAGCCAAUGCUUAAGAAAUGGGAAGAGUGUAUUGAAGCCCAGGGUGGGUUGACGGCUGAGAUUAAAGUUGAUGAGGAUUUGAGGGGCGUCUCCGCUGAUGUUAUCUCUAGAGUCUGUUUCGGAAGCUCUUAUGCCAAAGGCCGUGAGGUUUUCUCUAAGCUUAGAAGCCUUCAGAAAACCAUUUCUCACCAAGGUUUUCUCUUUGGAGUAACUAAUCUUGGGAAUAUUUUCGGAGCCAAAAAACAAAACGAAAUCAGCUGCUUGGAGAGAGAGAUAGAGUCGUUGAUAUGGAAGACCAUAGAAGAGCGAGACCAACAAGCGGAAGAGGUUGUUUCAGAGAAAAGGGACUUAUUGCAGCACAUACUAGAGGCGGCCAGUGGCGACCAAAGUUUGGACAAGGACUCGUGUAAACGCUUCAUUGUUGAUAAUUGCAAGAGUAUCUACUUCGCCGGCCAUGAGUCCACCGCCGUCGCCACCUCAUGGUGUUUGAUGAUGCUUGCUUCGCAUCCCGAGUGGCAAGCUCGGAUUCGAUCCGAGUUGGCUCAAGUUUGCCCUAAUGGCCUCCCGGAUGCUACUUCUCUUCCCCACUUAAAAACGGUGACAAUGGUGAUUCAAGAAGUGUUACGCCUAUACCCACCAGCAGCCUUCGUAUCAAGGGAGGCACUGGAAGAAACCAAAGUGGGAAACAUCACUGUCCCAAAAGGGGUAUGUCUAUGGACUCUGAUCCCCACUCUGCACCGAGACUCUGAUGUUUGGGGGCCCGACGCCAACGAAUUCAAGCCGGAGAGGUUUGCCGAGGGCGUGGCCCAAGCUUGCAGGCUGUCCCCGCAAGCCUAUAUUCCCUUUGGAUUGGGUCCUCGCUUGUGUUUAGGCAAAAACUUCGCAAUGGUAGAGUUGAAGGUCAUUUUGUCCCUUAUAAUAUCAAGGUUUUCUUUCUCUUUAUCUCCUAAGUACCAUCAUUCUCCGGCUUAUAGAAUGAUCGUAGAGCCCGGAAAUGGAGUACAAAUCCUUAUCACAAAAACAUCUGAUGAUUGAGAAAUUACUGUUAUAUAUAGCUAUAUAUAUAGCGGCUUGCAUAUUCCCCGACAAACAUAUAUAUAAAAUGUAGUAAUAUUGUAUAAUUACAUGUAGUUUGGUUUGUGAUACAUCAAUCUUUCUUGGUGUGGGGUGAUCAAUAAUAUUCUAUAAUUUUAUAUUUACAA